AUGAGGCUCCCCGCACAGGUCCUGUGGCUCACGUUAUGGUCUGUCUGUGUAGCCCAAGAUUGUAAUGGUCCUCCCCCGAGAAAACAGACCGAAAUUCUGACGGGCUCCUGGUCUGACCAGGCCUACCCUCAAGGCACGAAGGCCACCUACAAAUGCCGCCCUGGGUACCGGACGUACGGCGUGAUCACCAUGGAAUGCAAGGGCGGGAACUGGGUGGCCCUCAACCCACACAAGACGUGUCAAAAGAAGCCCUGUGGGCACCCGGGUGACACGCCCUUCGGUUCAUUCGAACUCGCAGAAGGAGACAAAUUCGAAUACGGGGCCAAGGUAGUUUACACGUGUGAUGAAGGGUAUCAGAUGAUAGGGGACACCAAUUUCCGGGACUGUGAUGCAGACGGAUGGACCAAUGACGUGCCUCUGUGUGACGUGGUUAAGUGUUUACCCGUGGAGGCGCCAAAGAAUGGAAAACUCAUCAGCAGCGCGUUCGAACUGAGCCAGGAAUACACUUACGGGCAGGUGGUCAAAUUUGAGUGUGACAAGGGCUUCAAGCUGGGCGGACCUUCGGAAAUACAUUGCUCAGGAAACGGCCAGUGGAGUGCAGAUAAGCCCAACUGUGUGGACAUCUCCUGCCCACUCCCACGAAUCGAAAACGGAGAGCCCACGUCCCCGAAGGCCUUGUACAGGGAGAACGAGAGGCUGCAGUACAAGUGUCUGCAGGGCUACGUCUACGGCGGGAGAGCAGAGACCGUCUGCACCCAGCGGGGGUGGACCCCGCCCCCAUCCUGCCUAGAAAAGACAUGCGAGACUCCAAGAAUUGCAAACGCUUACUUCCUUGCUGACAAGAGCGAAUACAGAGUGGGAGACACAAUCACAUACUCGUGUAAAGAUGGCUUUUAUCCUCCCACCCAAGGAAAUACGGCAAAAUGCACUGCCAUGGGCUGGGAUCCUUCUCCGAGGUGCAGCUUUAAACCCUGUGACUUCCCAGAAAUAAAACAUGGAAGCCUACAUGGAUAUAGACAAUCCUUCCCGGUAUCCGUAGGAACAUGGUUUUACUAUUACUGUGAUGAUAACUAUGAGACUGCUUCAGGAAGCUCCUGGGAUUACAUUAUUUGUAAAAAAGAAGGAUGGACCCCGGAACUGCCCUGCCGCAGAAAGUGCAUUUUCAAUUACUUGGAAAAUGGACAUCAUCCACAACAUCCACAAAAAUAUUUGCAGGGCCAAUCUGUACCAGUUAAUUGCUAUCGUGGCUAUACGCUUCAAGACAAGCAGACCUCACUGACCUGUACGGAGAACGGCUGGUUACCUCCUCCCAGGUGCAGCCCUGUCGCAACAUGUUUAACGUCAAAGGUAAAAAUUGAGAAUGGAUUUAUUUCUGACUCUCAGUCUACAUAUUAUGUAAAUCAAGAAGCAAAAUAUCAGUGCAAUCAAGAUUAUGUAACAGAAGGUGGUCACACAUCCGGGAGUAUUACAUGUCUCCAGAAGGGAUGGUCCACUCAACCCAGAUGCAUUAAAUCUUGUGGCAUGCCAGUAUUUGAGAAUGCCAGAGCCAAAAGUAAUGGCACGUGGUUUAAGGUCAAUGACAAGUUGGUCUAUGAAUGCCGGGAUGGAUAUAAAAACGGAAAAGGAGGCACCACGGGCACCAUAGUGUGUGGUGAAAAUGGUUGGUCUGAUGCAGCCACCUGUCAUGAAAGAGAAUGCAUCGUUCCCGAUAUAGUGGGAGAGUUGCUUGCUCAGCCCAAGAAAGAAAAAUAUGUCAUUGGAGACGUGUUGAAAUUCUCCUGCAGAAAUAGAUUACACUUUCUUCUUGGACCAGAUUCUCUUCAGUGCUACCACUUUGGAUGGUCCCCUAAUCCUCCGACAUGUAAAGAGGAAGUACAACCCUGUGAUCAACCUCCUCAACUCCCCAACGGGACAGUUGCAGACACACCUAAAGAGCAAUAUGAACACGGUGAGGUGGUGGAGUAUGCCUGCAACCCCAGGUUCCUGAUGAAAGGGCCUAAGAAAAUCCAGUGCACUGACGGAGAGUGGACACCCAUGCCCGUGUGUGUUGAGGAGCACAGUACAUGUGGAGACGUACCUGAGCCGAAGGACGGUGAGGUCGUGUCCCCAGCACAGCCAUCCUAUCACCAUGGAGACUCAGUAGAGUUCACUUGCAAAGACAACUUUACAAUGGUUGGUCACAGCUCAGUUACCUGUAUUAAGGGAACGUGGACCCAACCACCUCAGUGCAUUGCAACAGGUGAAAUCAAGACGUGUAAAUUAUCCAGGGCAAUUGCCUCUGAGACAAAGUUGUCAGAUCGUGAGAACUAUGAGCACAAUAGGAAAAUCAAUUACACAUGUGGGAGUAAGUCAGAGCAGAAGCACUCAGUCUGCAUGAAUGGAAAAUGGCAGCCUGAGGUGACCUGCACAGAAGCACCACGAUGUCCACCUCCACCCCAGAUCCCCAAUUCUCAAAAUAUGACCCUGACCGUGAAUUAUCAAGAAGGAGAAAAAAUAUCUAUCCUCUGUCAAGAAAACUUUCUGAUCCAGGAAGGAGAGGAAAUGGUGUGCCAGGAUGGACGAUGGCAGUCGAUACCGCGCUGUGUCGAAAAAACUCCAUGUCCUCCACCACCUCAUGUAAAACAUGGAAGCAUUAAGUCAUCCAGAUCUUCAGAAGACGGAGGAGAAACACUGGAACCCAUAUAUGAGCAUGGCACCACAUUAAGUUAUAUUUGUAAGGAUGGUUUCAAAUUAUCUCAAGAAGAUGGGAUAACAUGCCACCUGGGGAAAUGGAGUGCUUCCCCACAGUGUGUAGGACUUCCUUGUGGGCCACCCCCUGCAAUUUCCAAUGCUAAUCCACCUUCCAUGUUAAGCAGUUAUCCACAUGGGGAACAAUACACGUACACCUGUAAACCCGGAUUUCGGGUCCGUGGGCCUGCAGCUAUUGAUUGCUCAGGAGGAAAUUGGUCCCACCCACCAGAAUGCAUAAGAAAUACUUGUUCUAGACCACCCAACUUUGAUAAUGCCAUCCUCGUAGGCUGGCCGAGGAACUCAUACAAGUCAGGAGCACAAUUGUCUUAUAGCUGUUCAGGCUAUUACCAAAUGGAAGGAUCCGGUACUAUACAGUGUAAGGAAGGCAUUUGGAUCGGAACACCCACAUGCAAAGAUUUCUCCUGUGGCAGCCCUCCCCCAGUGCAAAAUGCCUAUGUACCAGACAAGAAGUCUAGGUAUCAACACGGGGAGACCGCACAUUAUCAAUGCAGGCACCUCCUGGGCCUCUUCGGGAAUGAAGUGGUGACAUGCUUAAACGGAAAUUGGACAGACCCACCUGAGUGCAAGGAUUCCUCCGGAAAAUGUGGGCGCCCUCCCGCUAUUGACAAUGGAGACAUUAUCUCGAAUCCAUUAGCAGUCUACGCUCCCGGGUCCUCAGUGGAGUAUCAGUGCCAGGCCUACUAUGUGCUUGAUGGAAACAGGAGAAUAACGUGCCACAAUGGAGAGUGGUCUGAGCCACCCAAAUGCUUGGAUUUCUCCUGUGGCAGCCCUCCCCCAGUGCAAAAUGCCUAUGUACCAGACAAGAAGUCUAGGUAUCAACACGGGGAGACCGCACAUUAUCAAUGCAGGCACCUCCUGGGCCUCUUCGGGAAUGAAGUGGUGACAUGCUUAAACGGAAAUUGGACAGACCCACCUGAGUGCAAGGAUUCCUCCGGAAAAUGUGGGCGCCCUCCCGCUAUUGACAAUGGAGACAUUACCUCGAAUCCAUUAGCAGUCUACGCUCCCGGGUCCUCAGUGGAGUAUCAGUGCAAUGCCUACUAUGUGCUUGACGGAAACAGGAGAAUAACGUGCCGCAAUGGAGAGUGGUCUGAGCCACCCAAAUGCUUGGAAGCAUGUGUGAUAUCAGAAGAAAUCCUGGAAGAACAUAAGAUAGAGUUUAGAUGGUCAUAUGAGAAAAAGCUUUAUUCUCAAACAAACGAUUAUACUGAAUUUAAGUGUCAACGUGGCUUUUAUCCCAAGUCACCAAGAUCUCCAUUCCGAGUACAAUGUCGAGAAGGGAAAAUGGAGUUUCCCACUUGUUGGUGA